AUGGAAGAGAAUACAACAAGAAAUGUAGAAUCCAAGCGAGCGAAUAACAUCAAUGUCGUUAAGUAUCUUAAUAUUACUGAAAAAGGAAAACUCAGAUGGACAGGUUCUUUCGAGAAUGUCGAAAUACUGAUAAACGAGUUGCUCGAGACACAGACAAAAUGGUCAUCGCCUGGUGGUCAUUGUAAGCUGCUAGAGAUGGACAACUUCUAAAUGCGGUGGUAUUCAAACAAUUACUCUUUAAUUAUUAAAGGGGAGCAAGACGAAGUCGAAGAAAUAAACUCUCGGUUGCGAAUAAUGGCCAACCUAGCUGAUAAAGAAACCGAGUUAUCAAACGCUUUUGUCAGUGAAGGAAAUGGCGACAGGGAGGGAGACGGCGUAAAUACAGCCUCGACCGAAAACAGUCAUAUCGAAAUAAAUUCACAUGAGACAUCGAACUACAACAAAGUACUCGACAGUAUACGAGACCUUGAACUGUGUUUUGUAAACAAAUUCGAUGAGCUUUUGCAGGAAAUUCGACAGUCCAAAAAACAACAGAAGAAACUAUCAGUGAAGACCGAAAUUCCUUAA